UCCUUUCUGUUGCAGCGACAUUGAGCAGCAAUGUGUUAACUACUUGUUCAGCGUGCUGCUGCUGACAAUGGCUGCUCACCCGACAGGUGACCUCACAAGUGCCUUGGAGUUCCCCUCUCUUCAGACCUAUGCGUUGAGCUGUGGCUGCUGUGCCAGUGCCUUGCUGGGCUUUAUGCUGCUUUUAACGACAUUCAAACUCAAAAGUGGAUUGUCGCUCCAGCACUUUGCACUGUGGAUUUUUUUGUCCAAGAUUACUGCCAUGUUCGUUGCACCUCUUAUUUUCUACAUGGACAUGAACACUGCAUCUUAUAUUUGUGUGGCCGUCAGUCAUGUGAGCGAAGCUGUGCUGGUGUAUUCCGAGAGAGAAGCGCAGUAAUACCAAAAAAAAAAGACAACUCAACAUAUUGCACUCCCUAAACAAAUGUACUAAAUAUGUAUUUUCAUUUUUUUUUUUUUUUUACUUCAGAAACAGUUAUUUAAUAUGCUACAGACCAAAUAAAAUGUUUACAUGGGGUUUAUUUUGCAGUUUUACUUAUUCCAAAUGAUACAAGUUAUGAAUUAGCAAGCAGACAACUUAAUUCACUGAAGUUUUAUUUUGUCAGCAUGUCU